AUGGCAUCGAUUCCCACGAUCUUCGCGACGGAAUGGGCGGAUGCCAGGUUGGCCAUAAGGCUCACAAGCCUCAACACGAACUGGCACCGGGUGAUGGUAGAAUGGCUGGAACUGCAGACGUCCGUCGAUCUCAGAAACGCAUGCGAUGCCGAGCUUGGCUCUAUAAGCCGGAAGUGCCCCAAGCUGGAGUCACUGGACCUCAGUGACGGCGAGGCGAUGACAUCAUCGGCUAUUGUGGAUGCCCUUCGAAGGUGCCCAAGCCUGAAAACCUUAGUUGCGCACGGUCGCAACCCGGUGCAAACUACGAGCGGUUGGCGAGCAAUCCAGGAAGCCAGGCCAGACAUCGUGGUAAUCGGCCGCCGAUCCCGCUUGGUGAUUCGGGUUCGUGCGCCCGGCUUGGGCUGGGAUCUCCAACGUCGCUUCGACGUGGGCGAGAAUACGCCGCUGGGUAAAGUGAUGGAUAAAUGGUGCAGCCUCUUUGGGCUCACGUCAUCGCAGGUUCGCUUCCUGGCGGACGGCGAGCGCAUCUCCGCAAGCGACACCUGUGCUUCCCUAGGACUACAAGAUGGCGACGACUUGGACGCACUUCUUGAGCGAACGAACAUAGGCCAGUGGCAAGCCCUCGACAUCCCUGAAGGUUCUUGGACACAGCUGGACCGACUUCUACUCGGCAAGUUAGAGCCACAUCAAGUCUCCAAGGAGACGGUGCUCUCUGUAGUUCGAAGGACUCAGGCCCUGACUCCGGCCUCGCCGGUCCCCGGCUGGAGGAUGAGGUCAGCUCAGGGCGAAGUGGCUCUCCCCUGGAAAUCCUUGAAAGUUCUGGAUUGCGAGCAAUGCGCCAAACUCGUGGAGUGGACAGAAAGCUCCUUCCAGCGGGAGCCAGGUGCUCAUGACUUCCAGCUGCGACUAACAGGUGCUGAGCUAGACCAGCUCACCUGUGACAACACCAGCAGGACUCUCACUGCCUGCGCAGAGAGUGUACUGAAUGGGCAGGAGGUGGCUCCGCCCUAUUUCAUCCUGCGCCGGCAUGCGGCCAGUGACCAAACACGGCUUCGGAUACCUUUCCAUCGAGACUACAGCCUCGCAGUGGUCAACAUGAGCUUGAAUUCCGCGUACACCGGCGGAACGCUCAUGUUCGUACAUGGUGCUCGUCUCAUAUGCCCAGAACGCAAACCUGGCUGGGCCACCGCGCACAAUCAGACUGCCAUCCAUGGUGUUUCCCGCAUAACAGCUGGAGUACGAUACAACCUUUUGGCAGCUUUCGAUCCAGCAGAUUAG